AUGAUAAAAGUUCUCCUUUUUUUAUCUUUUAUUUCUAUUGUUUUAACACAAAUUUUUGUACCUUCUAAUACUCCAGGAUCAACUGGAUGUGUAGUUACUGCUAAAAAACUUUUUUCAAAUGGAAAUUUUAUUAGAGAAUUAGCUGAUAAUGAAUUAAAAGAAAUAACAAGAUAUCAAAAAGAUCUUGUAGAAUAUAAGAAAAAAAUUGAUUCUGCCUUUGAAAAUGCUGAUAAUCUUGAAAAAGAAGGAUCAAAACCACCACCUGUUCCUGUUAAACCAACUUUACCAAGUUUCUGUUUAGGAAAAGAUACAGUUUCAUAUGUUUUAGCUGGUUGUAAAGUUCAAAAUUAUAAAGUAUAUAUUAAUUCUCAAUAUGUAAGAGAUCUUGAAAAAGAUGAAAAAAGAAAACUUGAUCAAUUUAUUGAUGCUAUGACUAGUAAUAAGACAAAUGAAAAGAAACCACAAAUAAAUUUAGAUUUUUGCCAUGAAUUUUAA